CAUUCAGCAGCCUUAUUUCCAAAUGUGGGAGCUUAGCUGUAAACGUGGUUUAACUUCAUGAUUUAGGUAUGGCCAAAUCCCUGAAUCUAGCUAGUAUUGUUGCCUGCCAAACGGUCAGGAUAAAGAAGAAUUUAUGUACUGCGAAAUGUAGUUUUACUGAUAUUUCUCCCAACGGUCAGAUUAGAUUAGCCACUCCUCCGUUAGCAUACGGAUGCUGGUAAUGCUAGCUAACAGCUAGUCUUUUAGCGAUUUGGAAAGAUGGCUGGGGACUUUCAAGGUUUUGCGCUGGAAAAAGCAGAACUGCUUUCCAGCCAUCUGAAGCAUGUCCUGUCUUCAGGACAAGGAUAUGUUCAGGCUCAGUUCGGGGUGGAUUUGGGUCUGAAGCCCGAGCUGUACCCGACGUGGGUUAUCCUGUUUACGGCCGCGGUGGCUCUGCUGCUUUUACUCUGUCUGUCCUGGGCCGCCGUCUGUGGCGGACUGCUCGUCGGGAAAAAGCGGGGUUCCCCGGCCACCAAAGGCAGCUGUGAGCCUGAUAAGGCCAAUUUAACUAAAACUGCCAAACCAGAAGAACAGAAGAAGAGGAACAAAAAGAAAACGCUUGAAAAGACUCAGUCCAAUGGACAACCAGUGGCUGUAGCUCAGGAGGAUGUUAAAGUGACUGUCGCCAAGCUAGCCUCACAGAUUAAAACCGAUAAGGUGCAUGAGGUACAGGCCCCAGUGCAGGUGAAAAAGAACAAGAAGAAAACCAAAACGGAUCUGAAACCAGUCCAGCAUGUGUCGACAAAUGAUGGGAAAGAACCUGAUGAUGGUGCAUGGGAGACCAAAGUCAGUAACCGAGAGAAGAAGCAGCAGCGUCGGAAGGAGAAGGGCUCUGGGGACUCUGGUAGCCCAGGAGGGGGGGAGGCGCCAAAGACCAAUGUGGAGGCACCUGUAGCCACAGCUCCUACCAACACCAAGAAGAAAAGAGGAAACCAUGAGUCCCUGCAUUCAAGAUCCAGUGGGAAGGGGGAUGCAGCCAGUGGAGCUGUGUCCUGCAGCUGGAGAGAGGAGCCUUCAGUCAAUGGUGGAGGUUGGACAGAUACUACUUUGAAGAUCUCAGGUGCGAUGGAUGCUAUGGAGGGAACCAAGUGGAGUGCCAUUACCACGGCUACACAUUACAGAGCCCCACCUAAACGUCAGUCCUGGGCACAGGAGACACAAGCAGCAUGGAGUGGCAUUGAUAGCCGCAUAAAGGCUGACCUCAACCCUGUGUCCUUCUCCAUGCUGGGACGAAACACCACAGAUCCAAUAUCAAAUUCAAUUGAAUUGCGGUGGCAGAGCCACCCUGAUGUUGAGGAUGAAUGGUCUGGACUCAAUGGGAUGGCAGCAGCGGACCCCACUUCAGACUGGAAUGCCCCAGCAGAGCACUGGGGAAACUACGAAGAGCCCCCUGUGUUGGUGACACCAGCACUUCCACCAAAGGAACAGCCCAUCCCCAACAAGGUAUCAGAGGAAGAGAAGGGCACUGAGGAUCCCUCUGGUGGAGCAGCCAAAUCAAAGAAGAAGAGGAAAAAGAAGAAGAAAACUGAAGAGGAAGAUGCAUCUGAGGCUCAGGCAAGGAGUAUAAAAAUGACGAACACAGCUCCCCUGGUUAAUACAGAACCCAAACCCCAAGAGCCUCCUGUGCUGGCUUCCAAAAAGCAGAUUCCAAGCAUAUCCUCCACUCAGAUCUGAAAAAGUGGUUUUGGACAAGAAAGGACGAGGUGACUGGAGGAGCUGAGAGAUAUCUGAGCAGAUUGCGGAGCCUCCAAAGCCCUCCCAGAAGAAAAAGGUCCGAAGGGAAACAUGAAGUCACAUCACAGGUCCACACACAGCAUAUGCAAAUGAUUGUUAAAUGUGUCACAUGCAAUAAUUGCCAGGUACAGAGUUUCAACGGUUUAUCAGUCACACGCAGACAAAAAAAAACAAGCAGUGGAUAUCACCUGCUUGUCUAAAUAUAGUGAUGAAAUGUGGUCCUAUGGACUGGAAUCUUAACUAGUUUGCACUAUUUGCUACACUGCAACCAGUCUGGAGUUUCAGGGCAGGUGGACUUGGUGGCAGUGGAGGUACAUGUUUAUGUAAUUAUUUUUUAUGGCAUCAAAAGUGUCGGGUGUUUUACCCCCUCCAAGAGUGUAUGUUUAUAAUUGUUAACCCAAAAAUACAAAACAGAUUGUAGUUUUAUCUUAUGUAAUAUAAGAAUUUAAUUUACAAGAGAAACUUUUUUGCUUCCCCAGAAUGCACUUUGUUUUAUUGCUGCUUGUGAGGGCUGGUCUCAGAUUGGGCUACAUUCAGAUUUGUUUCAAGUCUGACUCAGUGCAACACGCACAUGCCCAUAAGUACAUUGAAACAGUUAAAAGGGUUUCUGUAAUCUCACACACACACACACACACCCUCCCUCCAUACUGGCCAUGAAGCUAUCCCUCAUGGAGCAACUACAGUGUAAGAAAUGGGGGUACAAAAAGCCACGCUCCUCGUUUUGUGCAAAAAUGCAUUCAGUUAAAGCAAAUAUGAGGCUUUAGCUAGUUUUGGCCAAAUUGAUGGGUAUUUUCCCAAGUAAUGACCUUUUUAGUAAAAACUUACCUCUUUGUGUUUCAGUGUUUUCUUGUUGAGGGGAGAGGGAUACAUCGUGGCAGUCACAAACCUUGACAAUAAACCCUGACAAUAAACCUACACAUGACUGUCAGAACGAAGGUACCCAUUGAUUUGGCUAUUCUCAGACUGGUGAAGCCUCCUAUUAGUUAAGACUGCACUUUUGCACAUUAAAAUGCAUUUUGUACCCCAUUUCUUACAGUGUAGUCACUCUGUGAAGGUAUCACUGCACAGUCAGUAGGACAGGAGAAAUUAUUACAACAACCUAUAACUCUUUCAACGCACAAAUUACAUGUCAGUGUUGUGGUAAGAUAGGUUUGCCUAUAUAUAUUUGGAGUAGCUGAAAAGUCACCUAUUCAUCAUUUAUGGAUGAGAUCAGAUAAUUUUUUUUCAAAGAUGAUGCUAAAUUUGAAAUGUGAACGGUGUAAACCGAUUCUGGAUUCCCACUGGGGACUCUUGGUGACAGUAGAGAUACAAACCACCAGGAGGCACUGUAAUGUGAAGGAAAGGAGUAGAGGCAUUAGUGCUGUCAAGUGUUCUCCCUCUACUUAUCAUUCUGAGUGUGUCUAUCUUUAUUUGACUAGACUGUGUGUAGAUUUUUCUACAGACUUCAUUGUCGCUCCUGCACUCUAUAUGAUUUUUAAAAAAAAAAACUUUUUCUUCCAGUUUCUGUGCUAGAAAAAGCCAUGCCAUAUGUACAGAUUGUAAGGGCUUUUUCCAGCUCUGUGAUUGCACUGUGCAAAAGGCUGUAUUAAGUUCCUUUUGAUGUUGAUGAAUCGUUUUUUACUACCUUUUUGCAGAAUAUGAAAUGUGUGUGGUUUGCACCUUCCAGGAUUUAUGAAGACAGACAUAGAAAUAUGAUAUGGAGCAGCUUUAAAUCCACGCAAAUCCAAUCAAACUUGUUUUUAACAAGACACACAUACACACAAUUACACAUAUAUAAAAGGAAUUAAAUUCCAUUGCCUUAACCUGUAGUUGCAUAGAAAGUGCAUUUUUUUAUAAUUCCCAUCCAAUUGUAAGUUUUGAUGUCAGAAAUUAAUUUCAUCUUGCAUGACUUUGAUAAUAGUACUUGUGUACAUGAAAUAAAAUGAACCAUCUCUUGUUUUAACUGUUAGUACUUGGUCCUGGCUUUUGAAUAGCUUUUUUUAAUGAAAUGUUGCAGCUGUUUUGUGGGCAUCCAAUUUAGUGGACGGUCUGUUUGUUGAUAGACAAAGGGCCUUUAGAACACCAAGGUGUUGAUCAGCUGAUGUUGGUACAUAGUUGUUGGUAGACCUGAUAAAACUAAAUGAUCGGUCGCUGUGGCUUCAGUCGCCCCUUUUUCUUUGUUUAAUUUUUACUGAUGAUUAAAGUGGAAACGCAAAUCUUUGUGAAUGAUUUUGUUUAAUGAGGAGAUACAAAUGAUAUUUCUAUGUUUGUUUGGUAAAAAUUUAAAAAUAAAUGAAAAUUGCUUGAUAUCA